UCCCUCGGUCUGCGUCUGACGUCAGGGCGUUAAACACAGAGAGAGGGAGGCGGGAGGCGAGGAAGAGGAGAAAGAGAGGAAGCUGCGAUAAACAUUGUCACAGAGUGAGUCUAAAGUAGGACAAUAAAGGGGAUCACGGUAUCAAUGCUCGAACAAUGGACUUUACAGAUAUGUUUCUCGUCAAAUUCCUCUAUUUCAUCUACUUAAUAAAUUACACCCAAGGUUACCAUUAUGGAAACCCCCUGAACAAGUAUGUUCAUCACUAUGAGGGUCUCUCCUAUAACACCUAUGAGAUACAUGACAAGCACCUGAGAGCUAAGAGGGCCCUCCACCACCAAGACGCGUUUCUCCAUCUAGACUUCCAUGCUCACGGAAGACACUUCAACCUGAGGAUGAAGAGAGACACCAGUCUGUUUGCGGAGGACCUGAAGGUGUCUGUAGGAGGCCAGGAGGUGAACUAUGACACCUCUCACAUUUACACAGGAGAAAUAUAUGGUGAAAAGGGCACACUGAGCCAUGGUUCGGUGGUGGAUGGCAAGUUCGAGGGCUUCAUCCAGACGUACCAGGGGAAGUUCUACGUAGAGCCAGCGGAGAGAUACCUGAAGGACCGGGACGUUCCCUUCCACUCUGUUAUCUACCACGAGGACGACAUCAACUAUCCCCAUAAGUAUGGUCCGGAGGGGGGCUGUGCCGACCACUCAGUGUUUGAGAGGAUGAGAACGUACCAAGCCACUGCCAUAGAGAAGCCAGACAAGGGGCUCCAUUCUGAGGAGGCGUCCAGUGACCCGGUGUUGCUGAGGAAGAGGAGGAUGGCUCAGAUAGAGAAGAACACCUGUCAGCUCUUCAUCCAGACAGACCACCUCUUCUUCAAGUACUACAAGACCAGGGAAGCUGUUAUCGCACAGAUUUCUAGUCACGUCAAGGCUAUAGAUUCCAUCUACCAGGGAACAGACUUCAUGGGCAUCCGCAACAUCAGCUUUAUGGUCAAGAGGAUACGGAUCAACACCACUACAGAUGAGCGGGACCGGUCCAACCCGUUCCGCUUCGCUAACAUCGGCGUGGAGAAGUUCCUGGAGCUGAACUCUGAGCAGAACCACGACGACUACUGUCUGGCCUACGUCUUCACUGACAGGGACUUUGAUGAUGGUGUCCUGGGCCUGGCCUGGGUCGGAGCUCCUGCAGGAAGUUCCGGAGGGAUCUGUGAGAAGAGUAAGCUGUACUCUGACGGGAAGAAGAAGUCCCUGAAUACCGGCAUCAUCACAGUGCAGAACUACGCCUCUCACGUCCCUCCUAAAGUCUCACACAUCACCUUCGCACAUGAAAUAGGACACAACUUUGGCUCGCCUCAUGACUCGGGGUCGGAGUGCACCCCGGGGGAGUCUAAAGCCCAGGAUAAGAAGGAGAAGGGGAACUACAUCAUGUACGCCCGAGCCACAUCAGGAGACAAACUCAACAAUAACAAGUUUUCCGUCUGUAGUGUCAGGAACAUCAGCCAGGUCCUGGAGAAGAAGAGGGGAAGCUGCUUUGUCGAGUCAGGCCAGCCCAUCUGUGGUAAUGGGUUAGUGGAGCCAGGGGAGGAGUGUGACUGUGGAUACAGCGAUCAGUGCAGAGACCAGUGUUGCUAUGACGCCGGGCAGCCUGACAACAGGAAGUGUAAACUAAAACCCAACAAAGUCUGCAGUCCUAGCCAGGGCCUGUGCUGUACUCCCGAGUGCUUCUAUAAGGGUCGUAAUGAGAAGUGUCGUGAGGAGUCUGAGUGUGCCCAUCAGGGCAUGUGUAACGGGGGUACGGCCCAGUGCCCCACCUCUGAACCCAAGGCCAACUUCACCGCCUGCCACGGAGAAACUCAAGUGUGCCUCAACGGGGGGUGUUCUGGAUCCAUCUGUGAGAAGUAUGGUCUGGAGGUCUGUACCUGUGCCAGCGUGGAGGGCAAGGACGAGACUGACGAGCUGUGCCACGUCUGCUGUGGCGAGAAGAUGAACCCCAACACCUGCAGCAGUACAGGCUCAGAGAAACUGGCCCGGUUCUUCAAUAAGAAAAUCACCACGCUGCCUGCGGGGUCUCCCUGUAACGACUUCAAGGGCUACUGCGACGUGUUCAUGAGGUGUCGGCUGGUGGACGCGGACGGCCCUCUGGCCAGACUGAAGAAGGCCAUCUUCAACCCUGAGCUCUAUGAAAACAUUGCAGAGUGGAUAGUGGCUCACUGGUGGGCAGUGCUAUUGAUGGGUAUCGCUCUGAUCAUGCUGAUGGCUGGCUUCAUUAAGAUCUGUAGUGUCCACACUCCCUCCAGCAACCCCAAACUGCCUCCACCCAAACCACUACCAGGCACGUUGAAGAGGAGGAGAGCCCAGCAGCAGGCCAGGGAGGCCCAGGUGCACCAGUCCCAGUCGUACCAUGGAGGUGUCAGUCACGGCCAGCACCACCCUGUCUCUGGGGGCCAGCGGCAGCAGCCCUCACGCCAGCCCCAGCCCCAGAGGCACCACCGCAGCCAGGGUCAGCCUAGAGAAAACUACCAGAUGGGCCAGAUGAGACGCUGAGCUGCUGAGACACUGGGGUUCGGGGUGGGGAACGCUGUUCCCUCCAUCGCCUGCGCCUUGCCUUGGCUCCUCCUUGUGCCUAUUUAUGUCGCUGCUGGGAUUGAGAUUUGAACCCAUUUGUUGGUAUUUGAACCCAUGUCUCCAGGGUGGAAAUCCCACAUCUUCACCAUUUAAACCUAGAGGAUAUUCUUAGAUGUUUUAUGAUUUAGGAUAGAUGGAAUUGAGGGAAAGAAAAGGGAACAACAGUUUUUAGUUUUUACACACUUUUUUAGCUUGUCCUGUUUAAGGCGUUGUGUUGCCACUUGGGAGACCCGGAUUCAAAUCACACCGGUUUACACCUAACAGUGGGAUAAAACACGUGCUUCACUCCACCCAAAGAACAGCCUAAACUGGUUGUUUUACCAUCCCCAUACGUCAGACCCUCCAUCUACAAACAGACAAACAGGACGGAGUUGAGAAAGCUCAAAGACCCCCUCCAACGACCACCACUAGAGCUGCAGCACAGCUGACCUCUUCAAAUAAAGACCCCCUCCAACGACCACCACUAGAGCUGCAGCACAGCUGACCUCUUCAAAUAAAGACCCCCUCCAACGACCACCACUAGAGCUGCAGCACCGCUGACCUCUUCAAAUAAAGACCCCCUCCAACGACCACUAGAGCUGCAGCACAGCUGACCUCUUCAAAUAAAGACCCCCUCCAACGACCACCACUAGAGCUGCAGCACCGCUGACCUCUUCAAAUAAAGACCCCCUCCAACGACCACCACUAGAGCUGCAGCACAGCUGACCUCUUCAAAUAAAGACCCCCUCCAACGACCACCACUAGAGCUGCAGCACAGCUGACCUCUUCAAAUAAAGACCCCCUCCAACGACCACCACUAGAGCUGCAGCACAGCUGACCUCUUCAAAUAAAGACCCCCUCCA